AUGAAGAAAGAGAAGACGGUAUCUACCACACCGAGAUCCUUCCCCAUGGGCUUGAAAGAGCGUCGUCGUCGAUCUCAAAUUGUACCUACAGUCCUUAAGCAACGCCGACAUCUCACUAAAGCAGAACUUGCUGCUGCCGAUUACACCCUCAUGGGAGAUAAGCCGCAUUACAUGGAGGUCAAACUUCGAAGUGGGAAGCAGGUUGUACUUCCCUUCGCGCGGUAUUUUGACCCAGUUGGAAUGCAGGAUAUUGGUGUGUUUGAUAAGCUUGCAGAGAUUCAGCGUAUGGCCUUUCAAACGGAUUUUCGGCCUCAGCUCGCUCGGAUUUCCAAGGCUCAUAAUCCUUCUCAUGAGGCCUUGAAGGGUACUACGUACGAUCUCGGAGCGACUGUGCAACCUGGCCAUGGCAAUGACGGUAUCCAACUUGGCGGUCUUGCAAAGACAAAUGACCCUGAAAUCAAGCACCUUACCAGUUUGGUAGCUCAAGUCGGAUCCUGUAUGGUCAAGAAUGCCUUCCCACCAACCCAUUCAACCGCGGAAAUCCGGGAGCGAAGAUGGAUGGUCGGCGCUUCUCUCACCAUCGGCCAUAAAGAUAACCACGAAGUAACCUCCAUUCAAAUCAACUUCAGCAUGCUGAACCAAGAACUCGUCGACGCCAUCAAAGAAGUAGGCAAAGUCCACAACGACGGCAAAGACGACCGCCCCCGCUUCACAGCCCUCCUGUUCCUCCCAUACUUCCCAAAGAACCAUUUCCCCGGACGCUUCCUCAUCACCACCGCUCGUCUCGCAUGUACAGCCUGUCCAUUCUCGGGCUUAGUCUUUAGUGGCACACACGCACAUUUCGCCACAGGAAUGGGUGCCUACGACAAGAGCAUUAAUAUCGACUCCCCUCUUCGAUAUCAUCGUCCAGCUGCAAUCCAAUACCCCAAACUCCCACCAGAAGCCAGAUACGGCCGUGUCGCCAUUGUCGCAUAUCCAAAACGCUGCCUCGUGCGACUCAACCCACGAGCCAUGAGAGCCCAGGACUUCGAAGACGACGUCGCUGCCUUAGCUCACUUCUGCAGUCAGCGCAACAUGCAGGAAUUCCGGCUGCGAGCAUUCGUCAAGAUGAACCCCGCAGCCUUGAAAGACUCACCUGUCACGCCGGAUGCUCUCAUUCAGAAAUUCUCCUGGGUCAACGACCACGGCGAGACUGAAUAUCCCCGUCGAGAACUUGCCACCGCUGCGUUACACUAUGCUUUAAAUGAUAUGAGUACUAAUGACCCUGAGUGGAAAGAGCUGAAUGAUGCAGUUGAGAAGAUCAGUUGUGGUUCGAGUUUUCCAAAUGAGGUGGGCAAGCUGAAGAAGAAGAGUACGAAGUGUGGGGAGGAGGAGUGGAUUGAUGUUGGGGUGCCGGCUCCUAGGUACGGAGAUGAGGUUCCGGGGUCGAUUGACUGGAUUGGAUUGGAGAGAUCGACGGCGUUUCUGGGGGCGAAGUUGAAGCGGAAGGUGGGGGAUGUUGAACAUGAUGCUGAAGAUGAGGAUGAAGAAGUAGUUGGGAGCUUUGAGGGUGUACACAAGGAGAAGGUGCGCAGACUUGAUACUUAG